UAAAAAAAAUAAAAAAUUCAUAUGUUUACAGUGUUGCAUGACUGCGCAAUUGUCAUUCAAAGUGUGAUAGCGCUGAAAGCUGAAAACUGGCCUGGACAGGAAGGGGGUGAAAGUGUCCGGACUGGAAGGAGGGGAAAGUGUCCGGACUGGAAGGGGGGGAAAGUGUCCGGACGGGAAGGGGGUGAAAGUGUCCGGACUGGAAGGGGGGUGAAAGUGUCUGGACUGGAAGGGGGUGAAAGUGUCCGGACUGGAAGGGGGUGAAAGUGUCCGGACUGGAAGGGGGUGAAAGUGUCCGGACUGGAAGGGGGGGAAAGUGUCCGGACUGGAAGUG